UACACUUUGGAAUCUUUCAUAGUUUGUAUAGUUCUCCUUCACGUCCUCUCCUUGAUCGUCUAAAGAUAAGACCUUUCACGUCCCUUUCAGAUGGACACGGCCGUAGAAUCUUCCGUUAACAACUCCGGAGACUGUAACGGUGAAUCCAAUAACGGGAAAGUCCAGCGAAAGGUGGGUCUUGUUUACGACGAGACCAUGUGCAAGCACGACACACCUGACGGCGAGGCUCACCCUGAGCGUCCCGAUCGUAUCAGAGUCAUCUGGGAGAAGCUUCAGCUCUCCGGUGUCACUCAAAGAUGUGUGGUUCUUGGUGGUACCAAAGCAGAGGAUAAGCACCUCCAGCUGGUUCACACAACGGACCAUGUUAAUCUAGUUAAGAGUUUAAGCACAAAGAAGAAAGAUGAUCAGAGAGACAGGAUUGCUUCACUGUUGAAUUCUAUAUACAUAAAUGGAGGUUCAUCUGAAGCUGCAUAUCUUGCAGCUGGUUCUGUUGUAGAGGUGACGGAGAAAGUUGCCAAAGGAGAGUUAGAUAGUGGGUUUGCUAUUGUCAGGCCUCCAGGGCAUCAUGCUGAGGCAGAUAAAGCCAUGGGGUUCUGUUUUUUCAACAAUGUUGCAGUCGCUGCUAGCUAUUUACUUAACGAAAGACCUGAUCUAGGUGUGAAGAAGAUUCUGAUUGUUGAUUGGGAUGUCCAUCACGGAAACGGCACGCAGAAGAUGUUCUGGCGAGAUCCUCGUGUACUAGUUUUCUCUGUUCAUAGGCACGAGGGUGGAAGCUUCUAUCCAGGGGGUGAUGAGGGAGAUUAUAGCAUGGUUGGGGAAGGUCCAGGUGAAGGGUUCAACAUAAACGUUCCGUGGGAGCAAGGAAGAUGUGGAGAUGCAGAUUAUCUUGCUGCUUGGGACCAUAUCUUGAUUCCUGUGGCUAAGGAGUUCAAUCCUGAUAUUAUCUUGUUAUCAGCUGGCUUUGAUGCAGCUAUUGGUGAUCCACUCGGCGGUUGCCGUGUUACACCAUAUGGUUAUUCAGUUAUGUUGAAGAAGCUUAUGGAGUUUGCACAAGGAAAGAUUGUGAUGGCGUUAGAGGGAGGGUACAAUCUUGACUCAACUGCAAAGUCUUCACUUGCGUGUGUCCAAGUUUUGCUUGAAGACAAACCAAUUCAAGGUUCUUGUGAAGCAAUGCCAUUCAUGUCGACAUGGCGUGUCAUACAAGCGGUACGCAAGAGGCUGUGUACUUAUUGGCCUUCACUUGCAGAUGAACUAUCAUCAAAUCUUAUUGAUCAGAAAACUCCUACUCCAAUUGUCAUUACCUCAAACUCCAACUCUGAAGCUAAAGACAACGCUCAUGAAAUCAUGGAUCAAAUGUCCAAACUCAACAUUGAAAACCACCAAGUAGAUACUAAGGUUUCCACAUCUUCUUGGAGAAGUGAUCUCUCAAAGGUUGACGUUUGGUAUGCCUCUUUCGGAUCCAACAUGUGGAAACAAAGGUUCCUUUGCUAUAUUGAAGGAGGACAAGUAGAGGGAAUGACAAAGCCAUGUGUUGGUUCAAUGGAUAAAAGUCCACCAAAGGGAAUAACGUGGGGAUUAUAUCCCAACAGGUUGUUCUUUGGCCGUGAAUCUACAAAUGUUUGGGGUCAAGGAGGAGUUGCUUUCCUCAACCCUCUUACUAAUCUCACUGAUCAAACUCACAUGUGUUUGUACAGAAUCACUCUCGAGCAGUUCAACGAUGUUCUGUUUCAGGAAAAUGGCUUGAACGUGGAUUUUGAUUCUCCAAUCUUUGAUCUAACUGCUCUCAAGUUAGUAGAGAACAAUGGAUCCACUCCACUUGAAGCUGAUUUGGCUCCUUGGUAUGGAAACGUUGUCUGUAUGGGAAGAGAAGGCGACAUACCUAUACUUACAAUGACUUGCACAUUGUCUCUUGUUGAGAAGUUUACAUCUGGUGAAAUCCCACUAAGACCUCCUGCAAAAGCCUAUGCCAACACUUUUAUAAGAGGACUUGUUGAAGGAGGAAUAUUCUCUGAAGAAGAAGCUGAGGCUUACAUAGACAAUGCUGCUUCUAAACCUCUCUAAGAUUAUUAUUUGGAGCUGAGUUUAUUCAGUUACACUAUUGAAACCGCACGGUUUUAGAAAACUGUCAUAUUAUAGUGAACAUUUGUUACAUGUUACCAUUUGUCAAAAGAUAAGACAAUAAACAUUGGUGGGAGGGGGAAUUAAUUAUGUUAAGCUGAAUUUAUUGGAAAAUAAAAGAUUUAUCAUCAA